AUGGCAGAAUCAUCACGGAGAAUGAAAAGUAAAGAAUCAAAGGCGACAAAGAAGACAAAGUUGAGAUACGUACGUGAUGAAGAAGAGUCUGAUGAUGAUCGUCUUGACUUAGGAUUGUUGGAUGUUGAACCAGAUAACUUCAAUCCUACAUCUAACUUGUGUGACGACCCUUUUCUUAACAUUUUAUGUGAUGAUAAAAUGUUAAAGAAUAAUCAGUUUGAAGGGGACGAUGAAGCUGAUGUUGAAGACAUUCACCAGGAAGAGCUUGAGCAUGAACACCUUGAAGAUGAAAAUGGCUUGGAAGUGGGUGUCGAGUUCAGGGUGCACGAUCCUACCGUCAAGUGGAACCAAAUGAAGCCUACAGUUGGUGAGUUAUAUGAGUCUCCUGCUCAGUUAAGGUUUGCACUCACUAACUAUGCUGUAGCUAAUGGAUACCAACUUUGGUUCAUGAAAAGUGAUAAAAGCAGGGUAAUUGUUAGGUGUGGGAAAAAAAAUGCAAAAAAACCAUGUCCUUUUAGGAUCCAUGCUUCGUGGAAGUAUAAUGAACGUACUUUUCAGAUAAAAUCUAUGGUUGAAACACAUCUUUGUGCAAGGAAUUAUAAUUUUGGACAUUUGGUUAGUUGUAAUUGGUUAGCAAAACACUACAUUAAGGACAUAAUUAGGAAGCCCAAAAUGACACUACCUGAGAUGAUGGAGGAUGUCCUUACAAAAUAUUCAGUGAAAGUGUCAAAGGGGCAAUGUCAUAGAGCAAGGGUAAGGGCAAGGGAGAUGAUAGAAGGUAAACUGGAGGAACACUAUGCUAAGAUAUGGGAUUAUGCCAACGAAAUCCUUAGAUCUAACCCUGGAAGUACAUGCAAAGUAGGAGUUUCUGUAAAUCCAGAUGGGGUGAAUUAUUUUGAACGUUUUUAUGUAUGUUUUAAGGCAUUGAAAGAUGGAUGGAAUACAGGGUGCAGACGUGUGAUUGGCUUAGAUGGAUGUUUCCUAAAGGGACAAAUCAAAGGGGAGAUUUUGACUGCUAUUGGAAGAGAUGCUAACAACCACGUGUAUCCAAUUGCAUGGGCUGUAGUAAAUGUAGAGAACAAAGAAAAUUGGACUUGGUUUUUACAGUUGUUGGUUGAUGACUUGGGUGUUGAGGAUGGAAGGGGUCUAGUUGUUAUUUCAGAUCAACACAAGGGACUUCUAGAAUCUGUGAAAGCUAUCCUUCCACAUGUUGAACACAGGCAGUGUGCACGACACAUUUAUGCCAACUUCAGGAAGAGGCAUACAGCUAUCAUAGAGAAAAUGAAGGAGUUUGAAAAAGAGAUGAGGAACUGGAAAGUUAUAGCAACUGGGGGGUCUGUAUUUGAGACGAGAAAACCAGGAAGGCCAAGGAGGGGUGGAAAUGGUAUAACAAACAAGGAUGGAGAGGGAACUUCAAAACAAAAGGCAGUUAAGCUUGUAGUGAAAAGAAAGAAGAAGAUAAAGAAGGCUGGAGAAGGAUCCUCAAACCAGGAUGGCCAAGGUGGGGUUGAAACUGCAAACGAUGCAACUGUGCAAGAAGAAAAUGGAACUGUACAGGAAACUGUACAGGAAACUGCACCCAAAAUUGUGAAUGAUGCAGAUGCUAUUUCUGAUGAAAUUGAUGUAUUGUUGCAAAAAUGUGGUUAUGAACCUCAUGAGAUUGAACAGGCUAUGGAAAACUUGGAAAUGGGUGUAGAUGCUAAUGAGAUUGAAGAGGAUGUUAAUGAGAUUGAAGAUAACUUGCUUGAAGAAAACUUGGAAAUGGGUGUAGAUGCUAAUGAGAUUGAAGAGGAUGUUAAUGAGAUUGAAGAUAACUUGCUUGAAGAAAACUUGGAAAUGGGUGUAGAUGCUAAUGAGAUUGAAGAGGAUGUUAAUGAGAUUGAAGAUAACUUGCUUGAAGAAAACUUGGAAAUGGGUGUAGAUGCUAAUGAGAUUGAAGAUCACUUGGAAGCAGACUUAGAAGAGGAUGUUAAUGAGAUUGAAGAUAACUUGCUUGAAGAAAACUUGGAAAUGGGUGUAGAUGUUAAUGAGAUUGUGCCACCAGUGCAAGAAGUUGCUAUACAAGGUUUAGAUGCUAAUGCUUGGGUUGGUGAAGAUGAUGGGAAUAUUGACUUCAUUGAAGAUACACAAGUUGUUGGGAGGCCUAGGAAAAGGAAGAUUUCUGAGAGAAUUGUGAAGAUCAAGCUGAAGAAAGCAGUUUAUGAUAAGGAUGGAAGGGGUUCUAGUAUUAAGAAACCAGUUAAUUUGGAGUAGGACUAUUUAG